GAUCAUUUACAUAAGUUUUUACCUAGCAUUUACCUAAGGUCAGGAGGUAUCAAUUUUGGGCAGGCGGCGGACCUUGGCUUUAACUUAUCACUGGACCUUGGGUCGCCCUUGUCGCUUGCGGCGUCAUCUAAUCGUCUAAUCUAUCCACCUAAUCACUCGACUCUCUUCUAUGGUACCUGAUCUACCUUCCUUCCUACAAUCUUAUUCAUCUGCCUGAACUUCCUGAUACUCAAUCAUCUCGUGACCAACCACUCCUAACUAGGCUUCCUUUUUUCUACGACUCGACACGCAUUCCAUCGAUUACGAAGUCUCCCCGCUUUAGACAGCCACUUUUUCUCGACACGCCUAUUUAUCUAUUUGCCCUUUCGCCUUUUCUGAUACGCUAAGAAAAGCGACGUCAUCCCCUUGACUGUUACCUUACGAUCUAAACCAACCCCGCGAUCGAUAUCCAGCUCGGUAUCUCAUCAAGACCUUUUCGAUAAUCAGUGUAUACGAAUCUUCCCCAUCCGUAUCAAUUUCGUCUCCAAGAAAUCUAUACCAUCAUCACGAUGUCGGGUCUCUGGACUUGGUUCGGCGGCGGUGCCGCCCAGAAGAAAAAGGACAGCCCGAAAAAUGCCAUCCUCGGUCUACGAUCACAGCUAGAAAUGCUACAGAAGCGUGAACGACAUCUAAUGGCACAGAUGGAAGAGCAGGAUGCUAUCGCGCGGAAGAACGUAAACACAAAUAAGACCGCCGCCAAGAACGCCUUACGCAGAAAAAAGGCUCACGAACACAGCCUCGAGCAGACGAUAUCACAGAUCGGAACGUUAGAACAACAGAUAAAUGCUAUUGAAUCAGCCAAUAUCAAUCGAGAGACCCUCGCGGCGAUGGAGAGAGCGGGUGAAGCGAUGAAGAACAUUCACGGCAAACUUACACCGGAGAAGGUCGACGAAACUAUGGACAAACUACGGGAGCAAAACGCAUUUAGCGAAGAAAUUGUUGCGGCGAUUACGAACAACCAGCUCGGCGAACCACUAGACGAAGACGAAUUGAACGACGAACUCGAGGCGAUGCAACAGGAACAACUAGACAAGAAGAUGCUCGAAUCGGGAAGCGUACCGGUCUCGGAUGCGAUCCACAGAAUGCCCGCUGUUGGGAACCAAGAGAUUCAAAGCAAACCCGCCGCGGUCGAGGAAGACGAUGAAGAAGCAGAACUGCGGAAGCUGCAAGCAGAGAUGGCAAUGUAAGAAUCCAACUGAGAAGAUCAUUUAAUUGCUUGUAGUAUCAAGGGUGAGGCAGGAUGCCAGAAAGGGGUUUAGGAGCGCGAGUUUAGAAUGGAUGAUCGAGUCGCGAUGAAAGUUCGGAUGGCGGGAGAUAUACCGGACCGAACAGAGACGUUAGAUGCAUAGCAGCCCUCCCUUCGAGUUAUAACUGUCCCCCUUCCCGAUUAUGGCGUUGGCGUUUUGAGAUCAUGGUGCUUCAUUGGCGGUUUACAUAUUUCCAGCAUGUCCAGUUGAUGGAUGAGAUGUUUUUUGGUCUUAGUCUGCCCUACGUACACUAACUUAUUGACAAUAUCACUGGUGCGAUACCAAUCUCUGAGACCAGCGUUCGCUAAAUGUGCCGUGUAAUCCUCAGCACUAUUCGGCCGAGGUAAUGAGAGGACAUGCUGCCUUGGAAUUGUCCCCUGGAAGUACCUUGAGUAGAUGAUCUAUUCCUAGAUGCCCCUUAGAGAGGGAGAAAGGGGUCAACGGGCAGUUUACUCUUUGAGUGUUCCUAUACGACGUGUCGAAACAAGAAUAUAAGGGGUGGCCGAUGAACCACCGCGAAAUAAGGGUUAAGA